AUGCGCUCCGACCAGAUGCGGAUCGAGAGCCUCAGCAAAGCCGCAGCAACCGCAGCCACACAGCACUUAGGGGUGCAUUGUGGGAAUUACUGUUCGAUAGCAGCAAAUAACCGCGACACCACAUUUACUCCAAUCUGUGUGAAUGUGUUAUCGUGCUACCUAAGCUGCUCGUUAAUGAACGCACAGGGGACUACUUUUUCCUGUACGCGGAACCAAAGUAGGAGGAGCUUUCACGCGCUCUGUAGUGUCACUAAUGACAUUAUAUCGUUAGAACGCGUUACUCGCCAAAAGCUUAAACGAUUUGAUGAUUUUCAACUGGAUAAAACACUCUUAAAUGGUAAUCACUCAAGUCAAAUGACUUUAAAGCGUGUUGACCCACUCAGUGGCUGCAGCAGCUCAGCAACAAUUUACGAGGAUAUCAAUGGUGUUUUGUGGACUUUCAUGCUUAAUUACACAAACAUCUCAUUCGGGACGUACGGCAACAACAAGUUUUAUAUGAUGCAAUUGAUUCAAGAGGAUGGACAAUACAUGGUUUUUCGAAAGUGGGGUCGUGUUGGAGCCAAAACUCCGCAGCGGGCACUAGAGCGCUAUAAAACAUCUUUGGCAAAAGCACAGGAUUCUUUUACAAAGAAAUUUCUGCUUAAGAGUGGGAACGAGUGGCCGCUUUCUGGACCAUUCAAAAAGGUAGAGGGAAAAUACGUACUCGUUGAACUUGACAAUCAAGAGUUGGAGGAAGACGAACAGCUAUGUGAGGCUGAAAAGGAAGACGAGGUGGCAUCGACUUUGCAUGAAACCAUCCAAGACGUUUUGAAGCUCAUAUGUGAUGCUGACUUGAUCACACAAGAAAUGGCGAAUAUGAAUCUAGAUUUAAAGCGUCUACCAUUAGGGAAGCUGUCAAAAACACAGAUAUCGCAAGGUUAUGCGUUGCUACAACAACUCUCCCAGGCACUCAAUGAGAUUGAAGAGCUCAACAAAAUUAAUACUGAAACGAAGCCUUCUGCUCGACGGUCUCGCGCUCGCCAUUCUUCUCGCUUGUCAAGUGACUUCUAUACACUAAUUCCUCACAACUUUGGCCGAAAUUUGCCGCCCAUGAUCGAUUCACUGGAUGAAGUAAAGCUGAAAAUCGAUUUACUAGAAGUGCUGGCAAAUCUCGAGAUUUCGCAGAAGUUGCAAAUUGAAUUGAAGACGAAUGCAAGGAAAAAUGCUGAUGUCAGGCUAAACUCACUAGAUGUUCAGUAUAACAUGCUCAAUGUCGAAAUGGUACCACUUUUGAAAUCGACCGAGGAAUACAAGAUCAUCGAAAAAUAUGUCAAGACCACGCAUGCUCCGACUCACGUGCAGUAUAAGCUGCAGAUUAAAUCAAUUCUUGAAAUAUCGCGCGCCGAAGAAGAUAAAUUUAAGGACGUAUUCCAGUCUAUUACCAACCACAAGUUACUAUGGCACGGAUCUCGUCUCUCGAACGUCAUGGGUAUUUUGUCAAAAGGACUUCGAGUGGCUCCAGCAGAGGCACCGAACAAUGGGUACAUGUUUGGCAAAGGGAUCUACUUUGCCGAUUCAGUUUCCAAAUCCGCAAAUUAUUGCUGGACGACGCCUGAAAAUCCACAGGGCGUGUUGAUUUUAGCAGAGGUGGCCUUGGGUGUACUCUACAAAGCUCAAAAAGCAGAGGAUCUAACGUACACAGCCUUGAAGAAAAACAAACGAUGUGAUAGCACGCAUGGAGUUGGACGUAUGGUCGCAUCUGAAGAAGACCACGUGACCAUGGCCGACGGCGUAGUUGUACCCACAGGCAAAUUACUACCAUCGAACAGCUGUGGCCCGCUGCUCUACAAUGAGUUUAUUGUGUACCGAAAAGAGCAAGUUAAGCUGAGAUAUCUCGUGAACCUUGACUUUCUUUAUGGAGAAGCGAAUGAGGCCAUCUGA